AUGAGCUUCACAGACCGUCAGCACGAAAGGGGCGCUGGAGCUCUCACAAUCUGCGAUCUUGGACAGGCGCGUAUUGGAAAGGUCCAUCGUAGUAAGGCGAUGCCCACGCCGUAUCGUGCUCCCGAGAUCAUUCUCGGCAUGACGUGGGGAAAUUCGGUGGAUGUUUGGAGCGUGGGGCUUUUGGCCUGGGACCUUCUUCAGCAAGAAGGCAUUUUCCGCGUUUAUGAUCAGUCCGAAGACUUGAAUGAUGCGCAUCACGUAGCUGCCAUGACAUCCCUUCUUGGGCCACCCCCCAAUGCCUUCCUCAGGAGAAGCAACAAGACGAGCAAGUACUGGAACAAGGAUGGUGAAUGGCACGGUCCAGUUCCACUGCCACCCAGGAGGGAAAUUAAAUCUCUUGAAACAAACCUGUCGGGUGAAGAUAGAGACAAGUUUCUUAACUUUCUCUCUGGUGUUCUUACUUGGCUCCCUGAGGAUCGGCUUAACAGCUUUGAGGCGUACUUUCAUCCUUGGUUGAGAGGUGAAGGCCCCCUCGAAUAA